UGUUUAACUUGGUUUCGUUUUGUUUUGCUAUAUAUAUUGAUUGAUGUUUGAGUACCUAAAUCAAUACGAUAAAGACUACUGUAAUCUGUGUAUUUGUCACUGUUUUUUUGUUGUUGUUUUAUCCACUUCAAGUCCCCACAAAAUCCUUCAAUUUUUUCACUUCUCUGUCUCUUUACCCUAACUUUGACCACAGCUAAUUCUCUCACUAUAUAUCACACCCACCACAUAACUUAAUCUUCUUGAAUCUUGACAUUUCUGGCUUACACUCCUUCAACCAAUUAAACCCUGUUCUUGAUUCUUGAAACGUUCCAUUUUUGAUUCUUGAAGAGUUCCUUCUUGAAUCUUGACAUUUCUUGAUCACCUUCGUUCAACAAAUUCAACCCCGUUCUUGAUUCUUGAAACUUGAAGGUUUUUGUCCUUGAUUCUUGAUUUUUGAAAUAUUUCAUUCUUGAAUUCAUACGAUGCAGGUAGCUAAGAAAUCAAUGGCGAGCAGUGUAACCCUAAACAGCGAGAAACCUGCGUCAAAGGCGAUGAACCAGCAGCAGCAGCAGCAGCAGCUAGACAAUCCAUAUCAGAUCGUUAAACACUUAGCUUCGAGCAAUGCGGUGGUUUUGUUCAGCAUGAGUGGCUGCUGCAUGUGCACUGUGGCUAAGCGUCUUCUUUUUGGCCUUGGUGUUGGCCCCACCAUUAUUGAGCUCGACCACCACUCCGCCGGUCCCGACGUUCAGGCCGUCCUCUUCCAGAUUGCCUCCGAAGGACAGCAGCCAGUUCCGGCGGUGUUUAUUGGCGGAAAGUUUCUUGGUGGAAUUGAGACACUCAUGGCUUGUCAUAUUAAUGGCACUUUGGUCCCUCUUCUUAAGGAUGCUGGUGCUCUUUGGCUUUAAGUGCUCAGAUUAUAUUAUCAGCUAAUUAAUUAAUAUAAUUAGUUCUCAUUAUGUUUUUAAUUUCUGUUAUUUCAGUUAUAGAAUGAUCAGUAUGUUUGUACAGGAAAAAAAAAGGUGAUCGACUGAUCAUAUCUUAAAUUUUUAUAAUGUUUCUUGCUUUUGAUUACCAUUAGGGUAUGUUAAAUUUGAAUUAGUAUGCCAUAAUUAAGUAUCACUAUAA